CUCUACCUGAAGAUACUGGGAUUAAAUAUAUCCAGCAAAACCCAGAGUAUGUGGACAAAAGGCUGAUUUUGAAGGAGAAUCUCUUCAAGUAGUAAGAUUCUUCAUUAAAGAAAAAGAAAUUGAAUAAUUGAAAUUAUACCAGUAUUCUCAGAUUCUUAUGCACUCCAGCACCCCUAUAAGUUCUCUGUUCUCCUUCACCAGCCCAGCUGUAAAGAGGCUAUUGGGCUGGAAGCAAGGAGAUGAAGAGGAAAAAUGGGCAGAAAAAGCUGUUGACUCCUUGGUAAAGAAGCUGAAGAAAAAAAAAGGUGCCAUGGAGGAACUGGAGAGGGCCCUUAGCUGUCCUGGGCAGCCCAGUAAGUGUGUGACAAUCCCACGCUCUUUGGAUGGAAGGCUGCAAGUAUCUCAUCGCAAAGGUUUGCCGCAUGUCAUUUAUUGUAGAGUGUGGCGCUGGCCUGAUCUACAGUCUCAUCAUGAGUUAAAACCUCUGGAAUGCUGUGAAUUCCCAUUUGGCUCAAAGCAGAAAGAAGUCUGCAUUAAUCCUUACCAUUAUCGAAGAGUGGAAACCCCAGUGUUACCUCCAGUAUUGGUUCCAAGACAUAGUGAAUUCAACCCACAUCUUAGCCUCCUUGCCAAAUUCCGGAACACAUCUCUUCACAGUGAACCACUGAUGCCUCACAAUGCAACUUACCCUGAUUCUUUCCAGCAGCCUCCCUGCACCCCUUUCCCAGCAUCCCCCAAUAUGUACUCUCAGUCACCAAGCAGUAUGAGCUACCCAGACUCCCCAGGAAAUUCUUCUGCACCGGGAAGUCCUUAUGAGCUCACAGCUGAUACACCUCCUCCACCUUAUAAUGGCAGAGAAAUAUCACGAAGCCACAAUGGAUGUCCUGUACAUGCAGUUAUAGAGAGUCCAUUAGUGCUGUCACUGCCCAAUGGAGACUUCCGCCCUGUUUGCUAUGAGGAACCACAGCACUGGUGUUCAGUUGCAUACUAUGAACUUAAUAACAGAGUUGGAGAGACUUUUCAGGCCUCUUCUCGAAGUAUACUAAUAGAUGGCUUUACAGAUCCUUCAAACAAUAAGAACAGAUUCUGCCUUGGAUUGCUAUCUAACGUUAACAGGAACUCUACUAUAGAAAAUACCAGAAGGCACAUAGGAAAAGGUGUUCAUCUGUAUUAUGUUGGAGGAGAGGUAUAUGCAGAAUGUGUGAGCGACAGCAGCAUUUUUGUACAGAGCCGCAACUGUAACUAUCAGCAUGGUUUCCACCCAGCCACUGUCUGCAAAAUUCCCAGCGGAUGCAGCUUGAAGAUUUUCAACAACCAACUCUUCGCUCAGUUGCUUGCCCAGUCAGUUAACCAUGGCUUCGAGGUGGUAUAUGAGCUAACCAAGAUGUGCACCAUCCGGAUGAGUUUUGUUAAAGGCUGGGGAGCAGAAUACCAUCGCCAGGAUGUUACAAGUACUCCAUGUUGGAUUGAGAUCCAUCUUCAUGGACCUUUGCAAUGGCUAGAUAAAGUGCUGACACAAAUGGGCUCCCCACAUAAUCCAAUAUCCUCCGUUUCAUAAGAAUCAUCUCCACACACUCUAGGGGACAAAUAUUGCUUCUGGCCUUGGGUUGUAGGAUUCUCCCUUAAAUUUCUGUAUAUAACUGUAAAUAUGAGUGUGUGUGUGUGUGUGUGUGUAUGUAUAUAUAUAUAUAUAUAAACACUAUUACUGUUUUUCAUUCUGUAUUACAUGUUUUAUUAGUUAAUAAGAUUGCAGUAAAAAGUGCAGUACUUUGUCAUUGUAUUCUGUCUACUAAUGAAGCCAUAGAAAUAUGACUAGCUGCCUAUUUUUUCAUAUGGAAUGAGACCAGUAUUGCUUGCACUUUGUAAAAAAAAAAUUAUAUAUCAAAGUUAAAUUCUGAAAAUAAUAAUACUGAUUUAAAAUGCAGCAAAUGGUAGCUCUGUUCAGAGUGGCAGUUUAUUGAUAACAUCAAGCAGGUGCUUCUGGAAACUUAGAAUAUUGUGAUUAUGGUUCUUCAUUUUGUUCCUGACAUGUGGAUUUCAACAUUGUUUGUAAUUACAAAGGUUACAUUUUGUACAACUGAGUAACAAUUAUAAGCCUGCAAAUGCAAUUUUCUCUAAAUACCAUCUCUAUCUUGGUUUGAAAAGAAAGCUGAAACUGAAUGAGACCUCCGGCUCUGUGAUGUAAAAAAAACAUUAUCUAAUUCCAAGAAUUACUAAAAUGUGUUGUUCAGUGAUGAUGAGGCAGGGUGGGAAGAAGCAAUAUAAAGCUGCUAUGGUUAAUAUUUUUUAAUUCUAUUCUUUGUAAUGCCUAGAAUGAUUUCUACCCAGCUAGCAGGGCACUGUAGUCCUUCACACAUGUUACAACUGCAAUGGAAAGGAAGAAGCAUGCAAUAUAUUAACCCCAAGACAUUAAUAAUUGCCUUGAUAGUAAAAAUGGACAGGUGACCAGUGGUAAUUGCAAUUUGCUUAAUACAAAACAUGGUUCUAUCUUCAGAUUCAUAUGUUGCCAGGCUUCACUCACUCAUCAAAUUCAUCAUUUACAGAAUAAAUACAUUUCAGUAAAAAUACUACUUCCUCCCAUGUUUUAAUUAUUGAUAAGCAUAAUAAAUGAGAGCAAUUGUUAUCAACAAUGAACCUAAGUGGAAGGUAUUUAAUAUAUUGUUAAUAUGUGCUAGCUUUUCCUUCAGUUUAUAUAUUACUUAUUUGAUCAGUUAGUUUGUACAUAAUAUUGAAUGAUUUAAAAAUACACUGGAGUAGCCCAAAAGUAUUAGUCACUGCAAAAGGGAUCAAGUUUAACAACAAAACUGAAAAUGCAUUUGCCAGAAGAGAAAAUCAUCUGAUAGCACUUAAGUACUUAAGCCUAAGCACAACAUCUUUUUUCAAUUUUGCUAAUCAGAAUAUUAGUUUGGUUAAGUUUCUUUCCCUUGAAUGUACUAUUACCAAGUUAAUUUUAAAAAAAUAUUCUUGUUUUGGGGUACCCCCUGUCCAAAUUCAAUCCUUUGGCAGAUUGUUAACAUAGAAGCAAGUGAUUUAUGGGGGGAAAUAGGUUCAUGGUAUCAGAUUGUACAAUCCAAACACCUUAAACAAUAAGAGUGGGAUUUAGGUUUCCUGUAUGUAUGGAUUUCUGCAAGAUUAGGGUUAGGUCUUUUGAAGAAUUAAAGGUUUGACAGGAGAUAAGUUUUAGAAAAUUGAUACUCUAGUUACAUUACUAUCAGAAAUUUUAUUAUUCAAUUGCAUUGUUAAAAUACAUUAAAUAUAAUUGUAUCAAAGGAAUAGCUUCAUAGCACUGCCAAAGAGGGAUCCUAUAUUAACCUGAUAGGUAAAUAUAAUUUGUGAUAUCUGAACUAUAAUCAGUUUUAUUCAAAAUAUGAAAUCUUUCUUUCUGCUUACAGAUAAAUACAGAUUUAGGUGCAGCUGGAAGAAAAACCUAAAUUAAGACAAAUUAAUAAAAUUUAAAAGUAAAUUUUAAGCCCUAAUAGAAUCAUGACAAGCUUUUUGAAUUUGAAUUUUUGAAUUUCAUUCUUAAAUUUUACAGUGUAUCUAAACAAUAUAUACACAAUCGAUAUUACAUUAAAAAAGGGAUAACUGAUUUAGAAAAAAAGGGGAAAUAUAUUUGUCAUAAGCUGCCUUUGCAUGACAUACUGAACCACAAACUAGCCAGUCAUAUUUAGCCUAGUGAAUAAUGCAAACCUAGCCCACUUGUCCAAUUUAGUUUAAUAAAUUAUGUAAAUAUAAGAAAUUUGGUUGGGUAAACUAUGGGUAACUUUACCUCAGUGUUUUGUGUGAACACAGUCAUAAAGUAAUCUGUGAGUAAUAUAUGUUAAGAUAUGCAUUCGUAGUAGUUCCUUUAUACACUUGUGAACAACACAUUUAUAAACCUAUCAAACAGUGGUGUUUCAAAUAAAAAUCUCAGUGACAUCUAAUGCAGUGUGAUAUUUUCAACUAAUGUGGGAAGAUGUAAUUUAAAUCCUUAUUAAUAUAUGAUUAUUAUUCCUAUAAGCCGGCUUUGUUUUUCUGGAGUGGUAAAAAAAGGACUAAUAAAACAGGAAAAAAAGUAUCAGAAUACAGUCUAUGUAAAAAAACUGUCCUGGGAAUUUGUAAACCCAGAGCAAUCUCAGCCAUGAAACAUGGGUAAAUGCAACACAUACUGUACAUAAAAAUAUUGACUGCUAAAUUGUACUUGGAAAAAUAAUCAUAAGAUUACUUCUUUCAGAAUUCAGCUAAGACUGCCUGCAUAAAAAUGAUUUUUCUGUGUCCAAAUGUUUUUGUACAAUUAAAAUUGGUAAACUUAAAGCUUUAAAUGUGUUCAUAAAUAUGCCAUGCUUUGAAAUAAUCUUCUGGAAAAUUUAAGUCAUUUGGCAGAAAAACCAUUUAUCAGCAACUAAGUUUAGGAGAAAAACAUUUCUUAAAAACUGUUAUAUGUGUUGAGAACGCAUUCACAACCUUCUGAGGAACAAUCUGGAAGUAGUGAAAAGCUGUAUGAUAUUCAAGGCUGCUUCAUAGAUAACCAAAUGGCCUGUUAUUUAUUACAUGCAGGCCAACUAUUAUUAAGAAAUCUAUAGGGAAAACAAUUGACACCAGUUUUUAUUGAUUAAAAAUUGAACCUUAUUAAUGAUCCAGAGGCUUCUUUAUAAACUGUUUAUUCUCAGGCUUAUUAGCUGCUGAUGAAGGAAGUAAACCUAUUAUUAAUGAAUGAUCCAGAUGGUGAUAUCAAAGAAUCUCUCAACAUGAGGGAACUAUUUGGUGCAUUGUGUAUGGGAAAACAAUCCAAUAUUACAGUUAAAAGAAAUUGAAUCUUAUAAAAAGUUAGUUAUAAAUAAGGUAGUUGAUGCUGCGAUAUAGUACAGGAGCAAUACUGUUAAAGAUUGAGAUUGUACUAGUUUUAUUUAAAACCAGAUGAAUAGAU